CCACUUCCGGUCCCCAGAAGAAGAAGGUCUUCAUCCCACCCAGCGGGACAAGAACUGAGCGCCGCUGACUGAGAGGAUCUGGGAGGUCCCGUAGAGGAGAGUUGUAGGUGGCAGGCGAGGAACGCCUGGGUUCUGGCUGCUGGCCAGGCCCGUGACCUUCGGCCCUGGGGCCAUUGGCCGGCCGCGCCUCCUGGACGGGAGGAGAGGACGCCUGGUUCCUCUGGCUGCUAGCCUCCGCGGGUGACUCCGCUAUGGGCUCGUGCAGCUCCCAGGCUGCACUCAUUCCUGAUGUGGACCAAAUUCUCAGAGAGACCGGCUUCUCGCAAGCCAGCCUGCUCCGCCUCUACCACCGGUUCCAAGCCCUGGACAGGGAGGAAAAGGGCUACUUGAGCCGCCUAGACCUCCAGCGGAUCGGCGCGCUGGCUGUGAACCCCCUGGGGGACCGCAUUAUAGACAGCUUCUUCCCCAAUGGGAGCCAGAGAGUGGAUUUCGCGGGCUUUGCCAGGGUCCUGGCUCAUUUUCGACCCGUAGACGAGGAAGAUGCAACAACUCGGGACCCCAAGCAACCUGAACCCCUAAACAGCAGAAUGAACAAACUGCGCUUUGCGUUUCAGCUCUAUGAUCUGGAUCGGGAUGGGAAGAUCUCCAGGAAUGAAAUGCUGCAGGUUCUCCGACUGAUGGUUGGGGUUCAGGUGACGGAUGAACAGUUGGAGAGCAUCACAGACCGCACAGUGCAGGAAGCUGAUGAAGACGGUGAUGGGGCUGUGUCCUUCAUGGAGUUCACCAAGUCCUUAGAGAAGAUGAACAUCGAACAAAAAAUGAGCAUCCGGAUCCUGAAGUGACCCUGUGCCUUUGGCUCAUGCAGACCUCUAUGGGCUUGGGAUUUAUUUUUGGGCCCCCGGGAGGCAAGAUCCACAUAAGCCAUAUUCUUACUUUGAAACUCUAUUUAGGGCUUGGAAAGGGAGUUGGAGCGGUGUGUGCUGAAGUCUGAUUUGGUCGCAGGUUUGUGAAAAUCAGCCAAAUGAUCACUGGCUGAUUCACAAAUGUGCGACCCAGGGUCCAGGCACAAAAGUGAUGUUAUCAGGACUGGGUUUUGUUACCUGUGCUUCUCAGCUUGGUUGCCCCCUCUUGCGCUGGCAUCUUUCCCUCCUUGUGGUGGAGAGGGCUGCCAGGACUUUAGAUCACAUCUUCCUAACUCGUUAACUCAGAGGGGAGGCUUCUUCCUUCAAAACACCGACCAGGCAGCAUCGCCAGUCCAGCUGGCAUCUUUUCUCUAUCUCUAGGGGAAUGGAGCAUUCUAAUGGGCCAUGCCUGCAUCAGAUAAUAAUUCUGAAACCCUAGAAAUAAGGCCUGAAGACUUAGGAUAGCGUGGGAGGUGGUUGCUUUAAGGAAAAUGAAGUAAUGUGCUCAUAAAA